CGCGUGGGUGACACUAGAAGAGAGCAGAGCGUGCAUUACCGGGCAUGCGAAGCGAGAAUGCCAGACUGGUUUGGAGGCGCCACACUGUAUCCCCAAAGAUCCCUAUAAUUACCGACAAAAACAGAUAUCCCUAUAAUUACCGACAAAAACCGUACCGGUUACUUUGAUAUCGACAAUAUCAAUAAUCCUAAAUCUGUACAAGACAAUUGGAUUUCUUCUCUGAUUUGUGUCUCUAGCAGGAGAGAUGAGAGUUAACUUCCCUACCAGUUGGAUAUUUCAAGGCUGGGUCACGCAUCUGGUUCUCACUCUGUGCGCACAGAGAGCCCUCUCCAGACCCACCUGUACCCAGCAGCAGUACCUCAAAGACAAGAGAUGCUGCAGCAAGUGUGAACCAGGGUCCUAUGUGUUUGCAGAGUGUGCUGGGUACUCUGACACCAAGUGCCGUCAGUGUGGUAGUGAUGAGUACCAGCCUGACUGGACCAACGAGACCAAGUGUCUGCCACAGAAGUUCUGUGACACAGGUAAGGGUUUUAACCGUGAGAGGCCCAGUAACCCCCAGGCUGCGGUACCCUGUCAGUGUCAACCUGGUCUAGAGUGUUCUCCUAUCAACUGUGAGUUCUGUGAAAAGAUUCCUACCUGUGGACCAGGAUAUGGACUGGAGACUGACACUGAGGGCAGGAGAACUUGUGUUGCGUGCAAGAGAGGAUAUUUCUCUCCCAACACCUCUAUAGAACCAUGCAGACUGUGGACCAAUUGUAAAGGCCUGGGGAAGAGUGACAAAAAGACUGGGAGUGACCAGACUGACGCUGUCUGUGGACCCCAUCUCUCUGGUUCCUCUACCUCCUGGGUCCUAGUGUGUGUUCUGUCAGCCAUCACUGUCCUCUGUCUCCUCAUCCUCCUGCUCUUCUGCUACAAGGACAAACUCAAACUACUCUCAGUGAAUUUGCGAUUAUGUGUCCAGAAUCUGAAAAGGACCAGGAUACAGCAGGAGACUCUGGCCCCUCUCUACCACAGUGGGGGUGAAGGAGGCGGGGUAGGGGGUCAGAACUGCACCCUGUGUGAGAAAACCUGUCUGAUUGGCCUGGCACACACCCCCUCUGAAACACUACACACCUGUCCUACAGCCAUACCUGGUGACCGGGUCAAACUACCACCCAUUAAAGAGAUGAAGGAGGAGAGGAGGGAGGAGGAGGAUGAGGGGAUGGGAAGUGAGGGGUCAGGGGAGGCGGAGGAGGUUUCCGAGGAGGGUGUGUGUGAGGAGGGUGUAUCAGAGGGUGUGUGUGUGUCUCCAAUGUGGGCUGGCUCCUGUGUGUGUGUGUUGUCUGUGAGGGAACCUUUAGAGGUAGGAGAGAAUGAAGACUGUAGUCAGGCCGUCAACCCUGGAACCCUCGGGACCUGCUCCUGUGGAGGAGAGGGGGAGAGCAGGGAUGGAAAGAAGGAUGAAAGGAAAGAUGGAGGGAGGGAGAGGGCCAAUGUGGUUGAGGGCUUGCAAGGGAAGAGCUCUGAGAGGAGCUGUAAUAUCUCCCCCUACUCCCUCUCUCCCAUCUCCUCUCCCCUUUCCCCCGCCAUGCCGUCAUGUGACCUCUACCUGCCGCUGACCCCAGCCAGGUCAGAGGUAAAAGGUCAGCUGAUUGACAGCUCACAGGGGAAAGGGGAUGGGCUAUACAGACUGAACUCUAGCAUAAGCUCCACCCCCACCCCCACCCCCACCCCCACCACAGACACCACAUCCACUUCAACCUCCACAACCUCUCCUGAACCCUCUGUAACCUCUGUAACUGUGGGAGACUGGCAGUUCAAGCUGAGCUCUGAGGCCUCCAGCAGUGAGCCAGACCAGGGACUUUCCUGGAGGGACAGUGGAGGAAACAAGCUCUUAUCUGGGGGCGCGGAGCUGGAGUGUGCCCCUGAUAGCCUCCAGAGCCAACUCGCGGAACCAGCACUCACCUCAGGUCAGGUGACGGGGAACAACAACACCACCUUCAUCUCCAGCGGUCAGGUUAUGAACUUCAGCGCUGAUGUCAUCGUCGUCUACGUCAGCCAGACAUCGCUAGGCAACGAGGAAGAAGGGCCAGAUGAUGCGUUCGGAAUCCCCGUCCAGGAACAGACCAAUGAGAGAGCUCCAUUGUUCCAAAGUUCUGUGUCCUCCAAAAGUGUUGGUCAUUCACCACCACUGUCUCCAGGGAACUCCAUUACCCAUAACUCCCCACAGCAGGAUGACAACCUGCCAGUUCAGGAAGUGACUGAUGAGUGGCCCAGUGACUGAUGAAGUGAGACAAGAAAAUGGUGGAUAGUGUACCAUAAAGCCAUGAGAGUAGUGACGUGACACACUUGUUGCCACUCCAAAACCUAUCGCUACGACCUACUCCAAACAAUAGUCCAUAAUCUUCCUGGGUAGGUGCUAGGAAUUGGAACUGGGCCAUAGACUUAGAACUGGAACCUGGAGGACUGUGAUCCUCAUCUGGACCUUAUGGCUGUCUCAAUAGUCUCAUGUAGCUUCCUUUCCUUCAUUGUCUCCUUUCUUUCAUUCUCACUGAUCUAAAAGAGCUGGACAACUGAAAUCAGGUCCAUAAGUUUGACUCUCUUCUUGUUGUUAUCCUUGGUGUUGAUUUGUUCUCAGAGCACCACGAGUGCGUUUAGUUUUUAAGAAAAAUGCUAUGCAUUUGUUGAGUUAUAUACUAUACAUGUAAAUGUGUUGUUUGUUUUCUAAAAUGUUUUUGAUGCUGUCUGAUGUUGGACUAAUGAAGAAAUCUUUGGAAUGAAAAGCCUUAUUGUCGUACUACAAAAACCAUGGAAGUGGAUCGGUGAUCCACACUCGUGUGAUGAGUAACCUUGUCUAAAAAUACUUGUGUUAGCUUUAGCUCAGAGGGCUAACACAGUCGUGUGGACAGCAGGAGACCCGGGAUUCAUCCACCUUAAUCAGUUGUGUUGACCCAAAGAGAAUACUUUGACCCAAAGUAACUUAAUCUGUGACUUAAAACUACCCUAUGCAGAAAUCACUCUGCCAUAUCCUGGUUGCUAAAAUUGGAAUAGUUCACCUAAUUUCAGUUGAUGUGACAAAA